GAAGCCACCCCUAACCGUCUGGAAACGGGAUCCUCUAGGAAGCAGGAAGAGUGAAAGCUGAAUUUCUGGAAGGAGGCCUACGGGAGCCGGGAAGAUGGAUGUGAAAAAGCACUGCCUGGGUGAUACAUGCGCGCGGCAAGCGCGACAGUGACGGGUCGGCUCCAGUGCGCAAGCGCCGAGGCCUGCUGGGCAUGGCGUUUCUCUUCUGUAUUUAUUUAUUUGGCUGUGCCAGGUCUUAGUUGCAGCACACAGAAUCUUUGUUGCGACAUUCGAGAUCUAGUUCCCUGACCAGGGAUUGGACCUGGACCAUCUGCGUUGGGAGUGUGGAGUCUUAACUGCUGGACCACCAGGGAAGUCCCACACACAUUGAUUUAGACCACCCACUUCUGCCAUCUUUGCACUGCAGCCAAAGUGAUCUUUAUAAGCUGGGCUCUUGAAAGCCCAGGAUUGUUCCAGUGCCCGAGCCUAUUCCAGUGGCGGUAUGGGACCAGCCGCCCCAGCUAAUCUAUUUGGUGAAACUUGGAAUUAAACCUUGCUUCAGAACAGACCUUGGAUGUGUCCUCCCCGAGGGAGAAACUCGAUAUGCCCAAGAAUAAAACCAACUUGAAGAAUGAUAUGAACUGUUUAGAGGUGCUUUCCAAACCUCGUUCCGGAUUUGGGGUCUGAAGAUGCAAAGGAAGUGGCUUUUACCACAUUUCACUUCAGAUGAUGCGAUCGAGGCUGGAUGUUUCCUCUGCCCUGUUAGCUACUGUACUGGCUGAGUUCUGCAAGCUUCCUUGCUAGGAGAAAGGGUCAACUGAGCAUGAUUUUGGCAUGAUUAUUUCAACCAAUCAGUACCCUGAGAACAACCCUUCUAAAUCAUGAGGAGACGUAACCUGGACAGUUUAAGACGGGGCAGCCUUGCUACAUGUUGUAAGAAAUGGCUGUAGGAAACAACACUCAACGAAGUUAUUCCAUCAUCCCGUGUUUUAUAUUUGUUGAGCUUGUCAUCAUGGCUGGGACAGUGCUGCUUGCCUACUACUUCGAAUGCACUGACACUUUUCAGGUGCAUAUCCAAGGAUUCUUCUGUCAGGACGGAGACUUAAUGAAGCCUUACCCGGGGACAGAGGAAGAAAGUUUCAUCACCCCUCUGGUGCUCUAUUGUGUGCUGGCUGCCACCCCAACUGCUAUUAUUUUUAUUGGUGAGCUAUCCAUGUAUUUCAUAAAGUCAACCAGAGAAUCUCUGAUCGCCCAGGAGAAAACAAUUCUGACCGGAGAAUGCUGUUACCUGAAUCCCUUACUCCGAAGGAUCGUAAGAUUCAUAGGGGUAUUUGCUUUUGGGCUUUUUGCUACUGACAUUUUUGUAAACGCCGGACAAGUGGUCACGGGGCACCUGACGCCGUACUUCCUGACAGUGUGCAAGCCCAACUACACCAGCGCAGACUGCCGGGCGCACCACCAGUUUAUCAACAACGGGAACAUCUGUACGGGGGACCUGGAAGUGAUAGAGAAGGCUAGGAGGUCCUUUCCCUCCAAACAUGCUGCUCUGAGCAUUUACUCCGCCUUAUAUGCCACGAUGUACAUCACAAGCACAAUCAAGACGAAAAGCAGUCGACUGGCCAAGCCGGUGCUGUGCCUCGGGACCCUCUGCACAGCCUUCCUGAUGGGCCUCAACCGGGUCUCCGAGUAUCGGAACCACUGCUCCGAUGUGAUCGCGGGCUUCAUCCUGGGCACUGCUGUAGCCCUGUUUCUGGGAAUGUGUGUGGUCCAUAACUUUAAAGGAACACAAGGAUCUCCUUCCAAACCCAAACCCGAGGACCCCCGUGGAGUACCCCUAAUGGCUUUCCCAAGGAUAGAAAGCCCUCUGGAAACCUUAAGUGCACAGAAUCACUCUGCCUCUAUGACCGAAGUUACCUGAAACGGCUGACGUGUCACAAGCUGCUUUUUUUUUUUUUAAAUCACCCUCCAAUUCGAUACUUCAAGGCACACAGUUACUUGAUGUCAAACUGUGAAGACAAGUAUUAUGUUUAUCUAGUUAGAGGCUAAUGUUUUGUACAUUUUUUGUAUGAGGAAGUGAUGUAGCUUGCCCUGAUUUUUUCUUUUUUUUUAGUCAGCUUUAAUAUAUUUAUGCCAGAAUUUUAAAAAAAUUUUCUUCUUCAGGUGUGCAUUGAAGAACCACAUUUAUUCAAUGGUUGAUGUUGUUUUGUGAUAUUUGUACACAAACCUUCUUUUCUCAGUUUUAUAGACACUGAAAUGAAAUAAUUCACUUUAAUCUUUUAUUAUCACAGUUGCUGCCUCCUCCAGAAUUUUUGAAUUUAAAAAUAAAAAAAACUUCUGAGUUGCAGGGAAGACAAUGUUGGUUUAUGGUAAAUCGCAAAAUCAAUUGUGUAGAAAGAAGUAUUGCUUUGAAAAAGAACUUUUUCUGAUUCCUUAACAUGUGAUUGCAUUCGAAGUUAAAGUAACAUAUUAAUAAAAUCACCUAAGUUACAUAAACAACGGCAGGAAAUCCUGGAUUUGAGGAAUGUUGGGUAUGAUUCUUAGGUAAUGGCCUCUCCUGGUUAAGAAAUUCAAGAUCUUUUUGCAAUUAUGUCUUUGGGCUGGCAGGUGACACUGCAGCCUUCUUUCCCAAGAAACUGCCGGUACCAGCGUCCCCUGUCAACUCAGUUUUGUAGGUCAUAUUGUAUGGACUUUAUAUGAAAAUGAAUAUUUUACAGUUUGCACAGUAUUAUUUUGCAGAAAGGGUAUCAGAGCAUCUACAACCUAGAGCCCCAGAGCAACAGCUUGACUUUGUGGCUUUUAAUUGUUCUAGAAUUUUAACUGCAUCACAUUUUUCUAGCAUGGUAAUAACUAAUGUGUAACUUCCUUGAGAGCGGGAGCUCCCUUGUCUGUAUCUAUCAGAAUCUUUUCUCGACACUUCCACGUUGGUUCUUCUUAGCUUUUUUUGUACAUGUUUUUUUUCUAAAGAAAA